UUAUUCUAGAAUUGAUGACCAACCUCAAAAUAUGGGAUAUAAUUGAAAAAUAAUAUUUGAGCCGAGUUUAUGGCGUCUAAUAUGGUAUCGUCAGUAUUUAUUAGCAAAACACAAUUUAAAAACCUCCAACCACCUACCACCGUCAACGAUUCAUCCCUCUCCAUCACCACCUCCAAUUUCAGUCAAGUGAUGGCGGCUUACGGUGCAGUGGUUUCUCUUAAGAAUACGAUUCAGUUUAUUGUAGAAUCGCCUCGCCUUUUGGUGAUUCCUACUGGUCAUAUCUUAAGACCGGCCUAUGAGGCCGUGUGUGACUUGCAGACAGUUCUCGAAAAAUUGGAGAAGACCGGCUACAGCAAGAUCAGGACGAAGGUCAAUGCUUUGGAUGACCGAAUCAAAGAGGCCGUAUGGGAAUUCGAAGAUUUACUCGAGUCCCAUCUCUAUCAUCAGAUUCUUCCACAAGUCGAGACAGAUCACUUGUCUUUCUAUGGAGAUCUACAGAGUCCCCGAAAGAGUGCUGAAAUGACGAAGAUGGAGGAGGAGGAUGAUAAUGAGGAUGAUCAGGAGGAGGAGUUUAAGGAGGAGGAGUAUAAGGAGGAUAAGGAGUUGUAUAGUGAGCUGCUAUAUAUGCGAGAGAUGAUCCAUCAGAUUCUUCCAGGUCUCAGGCCCAAAGAUCGCUUGACUUUCUUUGUGGAUCUGCACAGUCUGCAACAAAGUAUUGAUGAAUUUGUGGUAAGGGUGACAGCGAUGGCGGUGGAGUACGAUAUGGAACUGCUGAAUAUGCCGGAAGAAGAAGGCGAACCUAUUUCCUCGAGAAUCGAUUUUGGUGGAAUCGGCUCAUACAUGGUUGGAUUAUCUGAAGAAUUUGAACAAGUCAGGGAUUGUCUUCUUGCAGAGAAAGAAGAGAAUUGCUUUGCAAUUACUGGGAUGGCAGGAGUUGGGAAGACAACUUUGGCUAAGAAAAUAUUCGACGAGCCAUUGAUUCAGGGACAUUUUGAGCUUCGAGCAUGGGUCAAAGUGGGCAGAAAAUGUGCACCGAGUGAUGUACUACGAGGCGUUCUGGCUCAAGUGGAUCCCAACACUCAAGACCAAAUGCUUACCCAAGGAGACGAUGAUGACGACCUGAAAUUAGUUGGAGUCCUGGAAGACAUAUUGAAGGAUAAGAAAUGUCUCAUUGUGUUGGAUGAUGUAUGGGAAUGGGACACACGACAUUUGAUUGAUAACUUGCCACAGGAGGAUGUACGAAUCUUGCUUACAAGCAGGUUCAGAAUUGAAGAAUCUCCAAAUCAAGUAGUAGUACGCUUGUUGAAUGAAGAAGAAAGUAAGAAAUUGCUUUGUGAAAAGGUGUUCGGUGAAGAGGAUUUCCCUCCUCACCUUAAGAAAUUGGGAGAGAAGAUUGCCAAAAAAUGUGAAGGUCUUCCACUUAUGAUAGUCACAGUUGCAGAGCUCCUAUCCGAAGUAGACAAGACCCGGGAAUUGGAAUACUGGACUGAGGUAGCCGAAAAACAACAUAAUUCAGUUUUUGUGGAUGCAUAUAAUCAAAUAUCAAAGGUAUUUUUCCCAAGCUAUGACUAUUUACCUCAAUUUUUCAAAAUGAUUUUUCUCUAUAUGGGAUCUUUCCCUCCAUAUUGUGAUAUUGAAAUAGGCGAUCUCAUUCGUCGAUUGAGAGCUGAAGGGUUUCUUGAAUCGAUUGGAGAAGGAACUUUGGAAGAUUCUAUAGUUAAAUGCUUUAAAAUUCUUUGUCAUUGGCAUAAUCUUAUUUUAUAUGAAGGAAAAAUAAAAUCUUGGUUCUCAAAGGGGGAGUUUCGGGUGCAUUCGUGUUGGCAAUACGUGUGUAAGAAAGAAGCUAGUAAGAUCAAGUUUUUGCAUGUUCUACAAAGUUGCGAUGAUGUUAUGAAAGGCCAGCGGCGGUUGUGUGCCCAUCAUAACACUUUAUUUGCCUUCAAACAAGUGUAUGAUUCAAUAAAAAGUAGUUGUGCAUCCACUGCCCGUUCUCUCCUUUGUUUGGGUCCUUACCACCAAUAUCCGGUCCCAAUACAUGAUAUGGAUUUCAAGUUGCUCAGGGUGUUAGACGCUCAUGAGGUCCGAUUUUACCGUAUCCCACUUGAUAUUAUGAAACUAGUUUCUCUAAAUUAUCUUGCCCUAACUUGCAAUGGAGAGAUCCCUGUUUCCAUAUCCAACCUUUUUCACCUUCAGUCAUUGACUAUCCAUCCACAUAUAAACAUUAAAAAGCGUGGGGCUCCGUUAUACAUGCCGAUGGUAAUAUGGGACAUGCCAGAGCUACAACAUAUUAGUAUCUUCGGAAGAGACCUACCAACCCCAAAGUCUGAUGCUGCGUUGGAAAAACUCUUUAGUCUUUUUGGUGUCAGUGCCAAGAGUUGCAUAAGAAAAAAUCUCAAGAAAAUCCCUAAUUUAAGGAUGUUAGAAAUCAUGAUGGAGUUGAAGCCUUAUGAUGAUGACGAUGAUAUCAACCCACUGAGUGGCUUGGAAUACAUCUCAAAGGAACUCCACAAGUUGCAACUACUUUCAUAUAAAGUAAUGAACCCUGACAUGAGGUAUCAGUCUAUAGUUCCUCUUUCAAUGUUCCCAUCAAGUCUUGAAUUUUUGACGUUGAGUGGCUUAGGGUGUCCUUGGAAGCACAUGAAUGACAUUGGUUCGCUGCUACCAAAUCUUAAGAACCUCGAGUUAAAUCACUAUGCCUUUUGUGGCCCAGAGUGGAAUAUAGAAUCAGGGUGUUUUUUGACACUUAAUACACUUGUUAUUGAAGACACUGAUUUGAUGCAAUUGAGACCUCAACAUGGAAGCCUCCCAAAGCUUGAACUCCUAAGCAUAAGGCAUUGCUACAAAUUACAACAAGUCGAUUGGACUUGUGAUCCCUCAAUGGUCACAAAGCCUACAAUUGAAUUGGUUGAGUGUAGUCCUUCAGUUGUCGCUUUCUCCGAGAAAUUAAGACCUCACUUUAAAGUUCGUUGCCAUUCUUCUUUUUGAGAUGAGAAGUCGUAGCCAGAGCUUGGUUAACAGAUGAAGUUGCACCAAGCUUCCUUGCAAAACAUGAUCGGCUUCCGAAGAUUGGAAUGGAGAAGUGUUUUUGACUCCUCGUUGGUGGCCUUACUUCAACGUAGAACACGUGAGUCGAUUUGAUAAUAAAUUUGCUUCAUAUUCUUCAUCCUGAGAUGCAAAUCCUUAUGUGAAGAAAGCUUGAACCAACUAUGUGAGUGCAGUUGAUGGAUUUGUUUAGUAUGAUGUUUUAUGUUGGUGUUGGAAGAAAAUGAGAGAGAUAUGCCAUCUUCAAUAUAUCUUCUCUUCUUUGACACUUUGUUGAUUGACUCCUUCCAUUCUUGGAUGCUUCCUGCUCACGAUUUUUUGUUUUGUUUUGCAAUUAGUGUUGGCUUUGUGUGAUUAUAGAUUAAUAUUGAAUUGAAGUAUGCAAUCUUCUUUAUUUUUUCU